GUGAUGACACCAGCUCACCCCAAGAAUAGUUAAGGUCCUGGUGAGAGAGCUUCAUUUGCUCUCAGAGCAGGACAUGACUGGAGUCUCACAGAGGACACAAUAGAACAUGGGUUUGCUGUUGAUGAUGAUGAGCUGUGUGACGUCUCUUUCUGUGGUGAUUCUGCUCACAAUUCAAGGUGUGUGUGGUGAGGAGUGGAGCGUCACGUACAAGUCUGAGAGCACCUGUGCUUUUGUGGGGUCUUCAGUGGACCUGUCCUGCUCUUACACCUACCCCAGUGGCCUGACCAUCACAGAAGUUUACUGGACAAAACACAACUAUAAGGAUCCUCCUCCUCUUCGUGAUGACCCAGAGUACAGGAACAGAAUCAGUGUGGGCUGUGAACAGGGAACUACAAGAUGUAAUUUACAUAUAAAAUCAUUGACUACAUCAGAUAUUGGUGAGUAUUACUUCAAGAUAACAACAUCCAGAAGUGGCCAGAAGUGGAUUGGAACACCAGGGAUUUAUCUGGAUGUUAAAGACGCCCCACAGACAUCAGUGUCCAUCAGUCCCCCUGGUGACAUACAGGAAGGCACAGACGUGACUCUGACCUGCACCAGCACAUCUGAUCUACCAGUGAGGAGCUACAGCUGGUACAAGAGUUAUAAUCGUAUAGCCAUGGGGAGUGGAAAAACAUACACCAUCAAACACAUCAGACCUGAAGACAGUGGACAAUAUCAAUGUUGGUCAGAGUACGAAUGUAGCUUCCGGUACUCAUCUACUGUGCAACUCCAUGUUUCAUGUGAGUAGCCUUUAUGACACUUUUGGAAAAUCAGCCACAUUUUGUAACAGGUGACUUGAGAUAUUAUGGACUAAAUGUUUGUAUUAUUAUUAAGUCCUAUUCUUUUGAUUAGUACAUUUAAGUUUCAAGAAAUGAUUGGGGUCGGACUUUGCUUUUGGCAUAGUGAUCUUAGUAAUUACUCUGUUUUCUGCUUAGACCGUCCAAAGAAUACAGUGGUUGUGAUUGAGCCUCGUGGGCAGAUAACUGAGGGAAGCAGAGUGACUCUGACCUGCCGCACUGAUGCCAACCCACCAGCAUAUUACUACAGAUGGUACAAGAACGGGAGGUACACACAUCUGAGCAACAGUGAGACGUUAUCCUUCAGUCCUGUCCGCUAUGAGGAAAGAGGAGAGUACAGCUGUCAGGCCACUAACACUUAUGGUUCCACCGCCUCUCCAUUUACAUCACUGCGUG